UUUCACAGCGCUCUGCGAUAGCUACAAUGAUCCCAUUUGUAUAAUUUGCAAAUCGAAAAUACACUGAGACCGAAGCGCCGUUGUCUUUUGACAUUUAGAAUUUUUCGAGGCGCAAUUUCGCCUCGCAUGGCGCGCCUCUUCGCUCUAUGUCGUUACGGCGUUCUGUCGAUGGCCUUGUGAUUGUUAUUUGUCGUUUUAUUCUCUUUCGUUAUAUCAAACACGGGCAAUUUAGUCAAAGGUUACCACAGAGACUGAUCAUAGUAUAAACCAUCCUAUAUUAGGGCACUCGCGGUCACACCACUUUGAAUUAAUUCUACAGCAACAAUCGAUCGCUUAAUCAACACGAUUGCUCUUUCCUCGCCUCGAGGUGAUGAUGAGUAGAAUGCAGGCUCAGGGAACCACAAAGGGCACGAGCGCGCACGGGAACGGAAGUGAGCGGCUGAGUGCUGUAGCGAGGGAUACUUCUCGUUAACUCUGAAUUCUACAGAUCUGCAACCUUGGUAUCGAAGGUAAUGAAUAUUGGAAAGAUUUUCGUGUAGCCCGAUUAGCCUUUGUAGAAAUGGUUAUCAAUGUUCAUUUCAAUCGAAGAACUGAAUUCAUAUUUAAUGAAGAAUGGAAAGGAAAGCGGUAAGGAAAUCUUGCCCGAUUCAUUAUUUCCGGCUCAUCCCUACAGGUCAUAAGGCUGCCACGAGUAGCAUCUGUACUUCCUGCUGGAAUCAAUAUUUUCAAUUCAGUUCCGACGUUGAGUUCGACGGUAUCGAAUAUUUUUGGUGUCUGUGGCAGCCUUUCCUUUGAGUCGCAGUCCGGGUUAGAAUCGUAGUUUCAAAAUGGUGGUCUCUAGGGAGGUUUUUGGCCAAACAGAAUCAGGAGAGGAUAUUUGGAAAUACACUAUCAGAAACAAACACGGACUGGAACUGGAAGUGAUCUCGUUCGGAGCGACUUUCGUAGCAUUAAGAUGCCCUGAUAGGAAUGGAAAAAUGGAUGAUGUCAUUAUGGGCUAUGAUAAGUUGGAGGACUAUCUGAGUAACCCUCAUUACCUCGGAGCUACAGUUGGAAGAGUUGCAAACAGGAUUGCAAAUGCAAAGUUCACCCUUGAUAACAAAGAAUACAAUUUAGCCGUCAAUAAUCCUCCAAAUACUCUACAUGGAGGAUGGGUUGGAUUCAACAAGUAUAAUUGGAAAAGUGAAGUAAAGGGAGAAAACAAAGUGAAGUUUGUUCACCAAAGUCCAGAUGGGGAUGAAAAUUUUCCUGGAGAUGUAACAGUAAGACUCACAUUCACACUUACUGAUCACAAUGAAGUCAAACUCAACUACAAAGCGACAACCAAGGCUCCCACCAUCAUCAAUCUCACCAGCCAUGGCUACUUUAACUUAGCUGGUCAGGUUAACCAUGAUGUUUUGGAUCACAUAGCUCAGAUCCAUGCUAAGCACUAUCUGCCCCUAAAUGAUGUGCAGAUUCCCACAGGUGAGGAAUGCUCUGUGUCAAGCCCAAAUGAUGCCUUUGACUUCACCAAGCCCAAACCUAUUGGAAAGGACAUUCAUAAAAUAGAUGGCUAUGAUCACAACUAUUGUUUAAAAGGAAAAAAAGAAUGCUGCGCUGAAGUGUAUCAUCCAAGCAGUGGGCGUGUUCUUAAAAUGUUCACCGAUCAGCCUGGAGUUCAAUUUUACACUGCCAAUGGAUUUGAUGGAUUCUCUGGCAAGGGAGGUGUUCUUUACCAUAAGUUUGGUGCCUUCUGCCUAGAGGCGCAGAAUUACCCUGACGCUGUUAACCAAACUAACUUCCCAAGUCCAGUUCUUCGGCCAGGGGAAACUUACAAACAGAAAACCAUCUACAAAUUUGAUGUCAAAGACAAGCAAUGAGCCCUGUCAUAAUUAGAUUAACAAUUCAUUAGUAAUAUCCAGAGUAGGGUAUUGAAAUAAUUCAUCGGCCAAAGCUUUAGGAAGCUAAGGGAUAGGUUCAAAUUAGAAUGGACCUUAACUCUAAGAGGUGAAGUUCAUAAAUGUGUUCUUUCUCUUCAAGAGGUCCUUGGUUAUUCAUCAAUGUAUUAAGGGUCAGUCAAUUUGAAGCCAAACCCCUCCUCCUUCCAGGCAAGGUCAAAUUCCCAACCCUUCAGGCACAGGUGAGGGUCAAAUACCCAUGGGUUGCCAGGGUAAGGGGGGGUGUUGAAGCUUGAAAUUGAUUGGCCUAUUAUUGUGGUAGCGCAGAAUGGAAGUCAAAAUUUAAAAUCACAAGUGCUUUUUUCCAAAUCAGGGUAAUAUACUUAGAUAAACUGAGGUAUUUACAAGUGCUAAGUCCAUAGUGUGUCUAAAGAGUUAUUGUGGGUAGCAAAAACACAAUUCAGAUGCAGACGUAUUAAAUACUCAUCUACAAUGUUCUGUUAAACAAAAAAUUUUUAUUCAAUAAAAAAUACAACAAUGCAAGACUAA